UCCUCAUUCCUAACAUCUCUGUUUGUGCUGCGGGCGGCGGAGUGGAGAUCAAUGAAAGCGGGCGGUUUUACCGAAACUGGUCGGACAAGCCGAAUAGGAGGAAUAAACCGCGGACACGGGCAGUUUAUACGAAACAGCGCGCGUAGAAAAAGCUUCUGAUAUAUACGGAUAUUUAAUAACCGAGUGUAAUACUGAAUGCUGGCGUUUGGAGAGUGAAAUGUGGAAAAUCUACAGUUGUACUGUAGCCUAACGCAGCCCGGAGGAAGAGGAGGAGGAGGAGGAGAGACUGGUUGUUUCAGCGCUGAGAAAAGAGAGAAAGAAAGAAAGAGAGGACACGGGAAUUAACCAUGAUCUUCGCCAACACCGCCAACCCCGCGAGGCCGCCCUACAGAAAACAGCCUCCAGUUGCUCCGGCUAGUCUCCCGAUGGCUCCGCCCAGCCCUAGCACCAAUAGCAGCACGAAUAACAGCAGCAGCAACAGCAGUACGACCGGAUGGGAGCAGCUCAGCAAAACCAACCUGUACAUCCGGGGCCUGCCCCCCUCCACCACCGACCACGACCUCGUCAAGCUCUGCCAGCCGUACGGAAAGAUCGUCUCCACAAAAGCCAUUCUGGACAAGACCACCAACAAAUGCAAAGGUUAUGGCUUUGUGGAUUUCGACAGUCCGGUGUCUGCGCAGAAAGCUGUGGCAGCGCUGAAGAACAAUGGAGUUCAGGCUCAGAUGGCCAAGGUGAGACCCCAACCUAUGACAUCACUUCCUUCUUAUAAGCAACAGGAGCAGGACCCCACCAAUCUGUACCUGUCUAACCUGCCGGUGUCUAUGGAUGAGCAGGAGCUGGAGAACCUCCUGAAGCCCUUCGGGCAGGUCAUCUCCACCCGCAUCCUCAGAGAUGCACAUGGUGUCAGUCGGGGCGUGGGAUUUGCCAGGAUGGAGUCUACAGAGAAGUGCAAUGCUGUGAUCUCACACUUUAACGGAAAGUUCAUUAAGUCCGCGUCAGGAAUGCUAGGUGCCUCAGAACCGCUGCUCUGUAAGUUUGCUGAUGGCGGGCAGAAGAAGCGACUGAGUCAGAGUAAAUACAUCCCCAACGGUCGAACCUGGACACGGGACGCCGAGGUGAGACUAAGUGGCAUCACGCUGACAUAUGACCCGAACGCGACUGCCCUUCAGAACGGGUACUACGCCUCUCCCUACAGCAUGGGCAACAGAAUAAUGCCCCAGACUGCUGUGACCCCUUACAUCUCACCCGUCUCCACCUACCCGGUUCAGAAUCCCUCCUGGAUGACACAUCAGCCUUACAUUAUGCAGCACCCGGGAGCUGUACUGUCGCCCCCUAUGGAGCACCCCAUGCCACUACAGCCGUCCUCCAUGUUGGCUCCUCUGACCCAGCAGAUGGGCCAUCUCUCUCUGGGUGGCACUGCUACGUUUAUUCCUGCAAACACAGCUAUGCAAGGAGCAUAUAUUCCUCAGUAUGCCCAUAUCCAGCCCACCACCAUCGCCACAGAGGAUCCCAGUGUGCAGGCCCAGGAUGUGACCUCCAAUGAUCCCUCCCCUUACCCGUUCCAAACUAGCAAGCAAUAAGAGGGGUGCCGGAGCAUUGGGAGGCAGAUUCAGAGGAAGGCUGCAAUGAACACAGGCUUAGCUUCUUUGGACAGGAAGUGACAUCACAGAGGAAACAACACUUUUGCACAGGUUACAAAAAAACAAAAAAAGAAGUUCAUGGUGUAAUUAACCCACCACCAACAAACCACCUCAGAGGAGCUUGACAGACAACAGGACUUCAACCACCAAAACAAUGCAAUUCACCCGGGAUGACUGGCGAGGGGGCGGAGCAGAGUUUUAUUUUGCUAACGAGAGGAAAAGAGACGAAGACAAAAAAAAAACAAACAAAAAAAACGCUAAUUUUUUACCGAGAACUCGCGACACAGAACACAAGCGGCGUGUGCUCGUACCUUUAGAUGCAUGAGAGGACUUUUUAGUAUGGUUUUUAGUGUGUUUUUACUGACCGUUUCUCUCUUUCUCUCUCACACACACACACACACACACAUGCACACACAAAAACAAAGAAACAAACAAAAAAAAAAAACAGUUUGCUGUGGUAGUAGCAGUGAAAAAAAAUAUUUUUGCUUUUGUCUUCCGCACUUUGCCUUUUUGGUCCGUAGUAAAAGAAAUUUGCCUUGUAAAUACUGUAGGGCGGGGCUUAGAGUGAUGUGAUAAAAUGCUUGCCAGC